AUGAAUGCCUCCGACAACCCAACAGAUCCAAAGGAUCAGAAGUCGUUCGAGAUGAGCGCGCUCGCCACCGACGACGCAGGCACGCAGCGCCUUGGGCUGACCGACACCAAGAACACCCCUGAGGCACAAGAGGACACUGGCCUAGCGGACUUGGACGGCAUCAAACGCAAUUGGACUCUUCGAGGUUUAAUCAUUAUCUGGGUAUCUGCUGCUUUAAUGAGUUUUGUCACCAACUUGAACAAUACGUCGUCGUCCACUUUCGCGCCGUAUGCGGCCAGCAGCUUCAGCUUGGCUCCGCUGGUGGGGACGAUUGCUGUGGUGCAGGCAGUGAUCGCAUCAGUCUCUCUGCAGCCACUCGCGAGGUUUGCCGACGUCUAUGGACGGCCGGAGAUGUUCUCGUUUUGCAUAUUGAUGGCAACGCUCGGAGUGAUCAUGUUAUCAUCCUCGGCGACUCUUGGAGUCUACGCAGGCGCCCAGGUGUUUUGGGUUAUCGGUCUCCAGGGAAUCUCGUUGAUGCUUCAAAUUCUUGCGGGCGACUCGAGCGAUCUUUACAACCGUGCUCUGAUGAACGCAAUCCCAUACGCUCCAUCAAUCAUCACCACAUGGAUUACGGGACCAUUUGCAUCGUCGGUUCUGAAAAUCUCAUGGCGGUGGGGAUUUGGAAUCUUUGCGAUUCUGAUUCCCAUAGUUGGGUCUCCAUUAUUGGCAUCUCUUUACUACAACAAACGAAAGGCGACUAAGCAAAGAAAGGCUGAAGGGACUUACAAGCGUUCGAAUCACCUUAGGAAUAUCGUACGACUAGACCCGGUGGGUCUGAUUCUGUUUGCCGCCGGACUCUCCCUGAUACUCGUGCCUAUUACGCUUGCGGCGUCUUCAUCGAGUACCUGGAAAACCACCCAUAUCAUUGUUAUGCUAGUGAUAGGCGCCGUUAGUCUCGUUGCCUUUGUCGUGUGGGAGAUUAUGUGGGCGCCAUGGCCUAUCUUAUCCAUGAGAUUGUUCAAAAGCCGGACAGUCAUAUUUGGCCUAGCAGCGUCGUUGAUCGACUACACCGCCCUCUAUCUUCUCCAAGACUAUCUCACAAUAUAUGAACUAGUCGCCGCCGGCUUAUCUGUUAAGGCGGCUACAAACGUCGCCGUCCUCGUUCCCUUUGCCGGAGUGCCCGGUCAGUUUGCAGCGGCCUUCCUGGUUAAGUAUACGAAGCGAUAUAAAUGGAUUACGGUUUCUGGAUACGCACUCAACUUGCUCGGACUCGGAUUGGCAUAUAAGUACAUCAACGGACACUACCAUAUGGGUGCGCUGGUUGUCGCCCAAUUGAUACUGGGAUUCGGCCAAGGGGUGAUCAACACUAUGCAGCUUGGAAUGCAAGCUUCAGUGGGCCAGAAAGGUAAGAUCCCUGUUCCCAGAAUCGAGCUCACUGGUCAAGUGCUUAUUCUUGCAGACAUGGCCGCGGUUACUGCUUUGUACACUGCGGCGCUCGGGGUGGGUAGUGCCAUUGGCGGAGCAGUAUCCGGUGGAGUGUGGACUGCUGUCCUUCCUCGAAGGCUUGGCGAAUAUCUUCCCAAAGAUGCUCUUAGCAAACUCCCGGAAAUCGAAGGAGAUAUUAACCUUGAUAUGGAAUAUCCCUGGGGCUCCCCCAUCCGUGAUGCUAUCGGAAAGUCAUACACGAGCACAUUCCGCCUCAUGUUGCUAAUCGCACUCAUCCUCGAGGCCUUUGCAAUUGCAUUUGCUGUCUUCAUUGAAGAUCUCAGUAUCAAGGAGGUCGACGAUGCCAGAGAGUACAAGGGAAUUGUAAUCGGAAAGGCCGGUGCGGUGGAUGCCUUGAAAGGCAAAGUUCACGCUGGAGAGGAUGGAGAUCAUCGUGCCUCAGUGGCUCCUAUGAAAGAAACCACCGAAGUAUAA